UCUGGGCUGCUUGUUUUGGCAGGCCUUCCGCCACCCCUGCCUGGCCACCCCUGGGCAUGUGUGUCCCCGAGUGCUCCCUUAAGCAGGGCUGCCUGUGGCCGUAUGGCCCGGGGAGGUGGCAGCCCCGUCUGUGUCGUCUCUUACUCGAUGGUCGCUAUUCCAGGAGGAGUGUUCACAAUGGGCACUGAUGAGCCUGAAAUACAGCAAGAUGGUGAAUGGCCUGCUAGAAGGGUCCGCGUUAACGGUUUCUACAUGGAUCAGUAUGAGGUCAGCAAUGAGGAGUUUGAGAGAUUUGUGAAUUCCACUGGGUACGUUACUGAGGCAGAGAAAUUUGGUGAUUCCUUUGUGUUUGAGGGAAUGCUGAGUGAAGAAGUGAAGGCUGGCAUCCACCAGGCAGUUGCAGCAGCUCCCUGGUGGUUGCCUGUGAAGGGAGCCAACUGGAAGCAUCCCGAGGGUCCUGACUCUACUAUCUCCAACAGAAUGGAUCAUCCAGUUCUUCAUGUCUCCUGGAAUGAUGCUGUGGCAUUCUGCACCUGGGCAGGGAAACGAUUGCCAACUGAGGCUGAAUGGGAAUACGGCUGUCGAGGGGGCCUUGAAAAUAGGCUUUUCCCCUGGGGCAACAAGCUUCAGCCAAAAGGUCAACAUUAUGCCAAUAUCUGGCAGGGAGUGUUCCCAACGAAUAACACUGCAGAAGAUGGAUACAAAGGAACUGCGCCUGUCACUGCGUUUCCUCCCAAUGGAUAUGGCUUGUACAACAUUGUAGGAAAUGCCUGGGAAUGGACGUCUGACUGGUGGGCUGUUCGUCAUUCAACAGAUGAAGUUCACAACCCUAAAGGGCCCCCAUCGGGGACGGACAGAGUGAAGAAGGGUGGAUCCUAUAUGUGCCAUAAGGUAUCGCUGUGCAGCCCGGAGCCAAAACACUCCCGACAGCUCUGCUUCCAACCUGGGCUUCCGCUGUGCAGCAGACACCUUGCCGGAGCUGCCGUGACCAAGUGGGCUGUCGCACCGAGACCUGAAGGACUAAAUUUCACCCAGGGAAGAAGAGAUGUGUGGAAGUGUCACUUGCUGAUGAGACAGAAUAGAAAAAUCUAGGGCUUAAACUUCCUGCUGGGGGAAAAAGAUCCAAUGUUGCUUGAAGAACGUUGCUUUGGGGAAGCUGGCCUUGGACUUCUAUCCUGACCAAACUUUUUAUCGGUGAAUUCCGUUGGUUUUAGCGAGUAUUCUGGAGUUAACUAGCACAAAACGGAGCAGAAAGAUGACUAUUGUGUUUUAAAAGCUCAAUACCUCUGUUAGGAAAAAAUCUUUAUUAGUUUUAUUUAUGUAUAGAUUAAAUUUCUACAGUCAAAUCCAAUAAGCAAGGACUUUAUAAACUUCUGGGCAGCUUUAAAAGAGAUUUGAAGCAGUGAAAUUCUAGACAGCUUUAAAAGCAAAUUGAAGGAGUAAAGAAGAGGCGAAGACCGGCAGGCAGACGGCUAUCGACACAGGCAGUUAGUGCAGCCCUUGUGUUAUGUUCCUGUUGCAGUGAAAAUUGGGUCUGGAAAUGUGCUUUUUCUGGUGAGAUACUUGCUUCUCUUUACAAAGUGCCUUCUGCAACUGAGGGGCAAUAAUCCUCAGGGUGGUGAUGAUUAGAGACGAUGUACAUAUUUGAAUAAAAUUUCAAGCAUUUCUGUAUGCUGAAGACCUUUAUUGAUGGAAAACCACUGGCAAUUUCCUUUGAAUUUCUCUUGGACAUGGUGUAGGCUGAUUUGGGGGACUUGCAAAUUGCACAAAUGGCAUCAUUAGAAACUGAGGCUAACAAAUGAUUCCACGUGAGUAAGAGAUCAUUAAAGUGAAAAGAUGGCAGAUGUAACGGUGAGCCCUAAUGCCUAACAAGGUAAAUUUUGAAACUGUUGUUUUAUUAAAAAAAAAAAACAAACCUUAAAAAAUACCAUUUAAAAGGAGAGGAAUUUUAGCUAGGAAGAAGGGAAAUGGGAAUGACAAGAGCUACCUCAUUUUGGGAUCUGAAUUCCAGGCCUUUCUGGUAUCUGCUCUUACUUCUGUGCCAGGCAACUGCUUGCUCCAAGUGGAGGUGGAACAAGAAAACAAGCACGGCCUCUGCAGCGAGCUCCGCUCCAGAAGGGCCGCCCUUCGGCGCCUGUCGCUGCCCUCCACCAGGCCUCUCGGCUGCCUGUGUGUAGAGCGGGGACUGAACCUGGCCGUCUCGUCAGCUGCUCUGGGACCCAGUGGUGAAAAAUGUGGCAGAUUAACACAUUUUUGCAACGAUGCUGGUCUUUCCCAGCAUUGUCUUUUCUGCAGUAAGGCAGGUUUGGGGUUAAUGCAAAUCCUUCACUUGCCAGCUCCUUCUCCACUCAAGUGUUUCAUGUUGAAAGGAAGAUACGGGAGAAGAUCUGAGGUGCCCUUCAACACCCAGCACGCAGUGGGGGUAGAGGGUAAUUCUAGCCAGCAAAAAAUGGUUCCAGAACACACCACUAUGACUUGGUGCUCACAUAAGCAUGAUAAAAGCUGUGGUAGGUAAAUAUUUUGUGUAGUAACGACUGCCUUACCAGCAUUAAAUGUUUCAUUAAAAUCUAUGCAUUAAAAAUACCUACUUUACUAAGAGUAAUGGGAAAAGAUCUUAUCUGUUUCUAUCCUUCUGCCACAAGAAGGAAUAGCCUUUAUAAAAGGCUUUGCCUAGACCUGGUUUUGGUUUUUAUUCUGGAAACAAUACCUGAUAAAAAUACGUGCACAAUUCUAUACAUGGGAAAAUUCUUAUGACUUUAUUUAAAUAAACAGC